UCUCACAGUAUGCCAGCUGUGCUACCAUCAACUCGAGCGGGCGGUUGUAGUAACAACAGGCGACAAUAAACGAAACCCGUCCGUCCCGUUGUUUGUCACGGGUGACCCGCACAGGUAGGUUGUUCUCCCUUUCCACGUGACAUCUGAUCGAUCGAUAAGCUCUGUGACUGGGUAGCGGGUGAUUUUGUCCUUACCGUCAAUAAUUAAGUCCAUACGGGAGUUGAGAGGCUCUAACACGUCCACAAUACCACUUGGAUGCUACUUGUUCCGGAAGCCGAGAGAACAUUUACUCGCUUGUUUGUCAGUGAUAGCUUGUCAGUGGCACAGACUGGACAUAUCACAACAGCCGAGGGGAUCAGCGUUUGUUAAAGCACUGGGUUAUGAAUGUUGCGCAACAUCGAACUUCGAUAGGCACCACAAGGAGUACUUUACGAGGAUUUGCAAGUUUCCAAAGGGGAGUUUGUCGUUUGAUGUGCCAUUAUGUGUGAUCUUAUGGAAUAUUUCUUGACUUCAAAGAAGAGUUUUUAAAUCCAAGAUAACUUUGGAAUAUUUGAAUAAUGACCAACGAAUUUUCUUAAAGUGAUUCAAUGUGGAUUUUAUCUUCGACAGAAACUUGGAGGUUUAUAACGUUUAAAUCGAAGACAAUGCACUGAACGAGAAGGAGAGGGGACCUGCAUCAAGGAUCUUGUGUACACAGGGACGACACUGACAAGAAAUCAUUCAUUUCUCUGGCAGACCUCCGAAGACCUUUUUCGGAUUUGUAACAAAAACUCUAAAAUUGUUUUCCGUUUAGUUACAGUUUGAAUGGUUUUCAAACACAGGUCCACUCAAGCUUAUCGCUGUGUCAGGUUCGUUUGGUAUCGGCGGCAAUCCAGACACCUAACUUGUCCCUUGCUGUUACCCACAGGCACUGGCGUGAACAGUGAUGGAGUAUACGGAAGGUUGAAAUAUGAAUUAUCGAUGAUAUAACCGUGGCAGAUUAAUCUGGGCUGUUUCAAUGAAUACCGCCCGCCUGUAGUUCUUCUGGUCCCGUGCUGCUGCUUCAGCGUUGUGUGUGUCAGCGGCCAAGGCAACUCAUCAAGUGAUAAACGACAACGGUAGCUCUUGUCAUUCAUUACUUUGAUCAUUCCACACGUAAUUAUCGACUGUCGUACAGUUAGACUGUAAACAGCAACAACAAUCACUUUCAGGUCCCAUUUAUACAAGUCGAACCUGAAUGACAACAGUAAACCGGGGAAUUGAAAUUAACUAACAAUCCAGAGAAGAUUACUCCGGUUUAACUAUACAAUGUAUCAUUUGGAUAUAAUUCAACGAUUUACUCUUGGUUAUACACGUAGCUGACAAAUAAUAAUCUGUCCUGGUUAAAAAAUUUAAGUUUUGAAAGGUGCUACGUAAAGAGCGUGAUUUCAUUCCCAGAACUCUCUGGCAUGUUUUGACGGGAAAUAAAAGAGUUUUAACACUGCGCACCAAGUAGCCGAAACAUAAUUCUAGGUGAAUUAUAUUAAAUAUUGUCCAGUAACACGAAGCCACAAGUGACAUCUGGUAUUUCACCAUGAAACUAACAUCGCCACAGUGACCUGAGAGCGUAUCUCGAUGUCAGAUUGCUGCACGUGUGUGAAAUGUACAUGUCAUGAAAUGGACAAGGGGAAAGGCGUGUUCGUGAAAUAUACAACACUGUGGGAUAUUGACAGUUGAACGAGUUGCUUGUUUCAUUAAGGAAUAUUGCUGUAAUUGUGAUCAUAUCGUGCUCACGCACGAAAUAUUUUAUAAAAUAUCUACAUAUGUCACAGAUGAAAUUGCCAACGGAAUUCUAUUGAGGUGAUUUACGCUGCAAUUUAUGAGUGUAGCACUUCAUGAAUAGAUCACUCAUAGCAAUAGCUUACAAAAAGCAAUAACAUAUUUAACCGGUGGCCUGUUACGGCUGCACUGUCCACAUCAUGAUAUUUGUCUCGAGGCAAAACAGAAGAAGUGGGAACUGGAUAGUGUAGCAAUCUCCAUUUGGCAGUAUUUGUGUGGUCUGACUGAAGUAUGUACCAACAGUGAUUUCAACAUUGGAUAUUACUAAGAUAACGAUGUUUAAUCCAGGAGAAAUAGGCAACAGAAGGAGGCGUAGAAGAGCUCGCCACAAUGAACAGACUGAUGGCAAUAUGCCAACCCGCUCCACCAGGGACAAGAGGGCCGCCUCCAGACUCAACCUGGGCGGGGACAAGGGAAUUGGAGCUCACAGAUCAUUGUCGAUACUUGAGGAAGAAUUCAUCUACGCGGCAGAGUUCGGCGAUAUUCCAACUGUGCAGCGUAUUUUGGAAGAGAAUACCAACUUGAGCGUGGACUACAGCGAUAUUCUAGGCAGGACGCCACUCAGACUAGCUGUCGGUAACGAACAUUUAGAGGUCGUGGAGUUUCUUCUCGACCGGUGCAACAACUCCAGUAUCCACGAAGCUCUCCUGCAAGCUAUCAGUGCCGGACAUGAACAGAUAGCUGAAACUAUCCUCAAACACCCCAAAUACAGAGACGUGAAGAAGGAGAACAAGAGAUUCGGAGAAACGGACUACUUUUACAACCAAACCAGUGAAGAUUCGCCGUUUUCCUCUGACAUCACCCCGCUUAUUUUGGCGGCAGAAAGGAAUCAGUUUGAGAUCGUGCAGCUGUUGUUAUUACGAGGGGAAACUAUUACCAAACCACACCAUUAUUACUGCAACUGUCAAGAAUGUAGCAAUAAGCUACAGUUCGACCAACUUAGGUUGGCCAAGACAAGACUGAAUGCUUACAAAGGGCUGGCAAGUGGGGCGUAUAUAUCACUGUCCAGUAAGGACCCUAUUCUAACUGCAUUUGAGCUGGCCAAAGAACUCAGAUCCGUCGCCAAAGUGGAAAAAUAUUAUAAGACGGAGUACCUGUCCAUGGCUGACCAGCUCAGUCAUUAUGUGGUCAAGCUCCUGGACAAGGUCCGAGGUCACGAUGAGCUGGAGGUUCUUCUGAACAAGGUCGGACCAGACAGCGAGGACGAAUCGUAUGAGUUGCUGUCUCGGCUGAAGCUGGCCAUACAGUACAAUGAGAAGAAGUUCGUGGCGCAUCCCAGUUGCCAGCAGAGGCUGGUUAGCAUCUGGUACUCGGACCUGCGGACUCUUGAGAGAGCCAACUGGUUCCUCCGGGGGAUCAUCGUUUUGUGCAUUACUGUAUUUUACCCUGUCCUAGCAAUACUCUACUGGUUCGCCCCUAAAACACGGACAAGCACGUCAGAAGACGUGGGUCAUUUCCUCAAGUCCCCGUGUGUAAAGUUCAUUGGACAGACGAUGUCGUUCGUGACGUUUCUGACAAUGAUCCUCAUCUCCACAGCAUCGGAACGCCCAUCUACACACAAGAAGAUUUCUGCAUUCGCAGAAGUACAUAGUCAGUACAGGAAAUAUCUCAACAACAGCCAGGGUUGGCCAGAUAAUUUUGUGCUGCGUACAUUCGAGCCCGAGAUCAUUCACCUAUUGAUGACAACAUGGAUCAUAGGUAUGCUAUGGCAGGAGGUAAAGCAGGUGUACAAUGACGGCUUCGUCGAAUACUUUGACUCCCUCUACAACUACCUUGACACCGCCGUCCUCACACUCUAUGUAAUGUCCUUCGGCCUCAGGUUCGUCAGUAUGUUCAAGGUGCGCUUUUCCUUAAGUUUCUUUACUAAAGAGGAGUCAUGGAAAAGCUUAUUAGCAGGCAGCGAGGAGGCCCGACUGCAGAUGUAUUGGUUAAUUGCAGAUCGGUUCUACUGGGACAGCUGGGACCCCUACAACGUCGCCGAGGCCUCGUUCGCCGUCGCCAACGUCAUCAGUUUUACGCGUGUUUCCUAUGUUCUUCCAGCUAACGAACUGUUCGGGCCUAUGCAGAUAUCUCUAGCCAAAAUGAUUACAGAUAUUCUGAAGUUCGCCGUCAUCUUCCUGGUGUUAUUUGUUGCCUUCAUGGUGGGUCUCCACAACCUGUACUGGUACUACCCAGCGAGUACCCGGGGGAUGGUGGAGAUGUCCCAGCAUAACAUCACCACGACGGCGGAAAAAUAUUUUGGCAUACCGGACAUAACAUUUCGGACCGUGUUUUGGUCAAUGUUGGGUCGAGGCGAGCACACGUCGGUGGAACUUGGGGACUUCAACAAUUACUUCACACAAAACGUCGGCUACUGGAUCUUCGGGGCCUACAACGUCGCCAUCGUCAUUGUUCUCCUCAACAUGCUUAUUGCCAUGAUGACACGGUCGUUUGAGAUUAUUCAGGCUCAAGCUGAUACGGAGUGGAAAUUCGCCCGCAGCAAGUUAUACAUGGAGUACAUCAAAGACGACUCCACUCUCCCUGUGCCCUUCAACGUCGUCCCCACCCCCAAGUGUGCCUACUACGCCGCCAAGUUCGUCUUCCGACUGUUCUGCUGCAGCAAGGACGAGCCCCCACCGGUCCACCAUCCCGGCCGCAUCAAGGACAUCGAGAUGUUCGCCCAAGUCGGGGCGGCUGUGGAUCCACCCCCAACAGACUGGCAAAAUGGCGGCACCAUGCGGAAUCCGGGUAUCCAGCACUUCCGGGAACGUAUGGCCACCACGAAUGGAUUUGUGCGGAAUGAUUCCGACCCGAAUAUAUUCAGUGAAAAUCUGACAUAUAAGCGUAUGAUGAAGAGAAUUGUCAAGCGUUACAUCUUCGAUACUCAGCGCGAAACGGACAGUGCGGAAGGUACAUGUGACUUUGAUGAACUGAAGCAAGAUAUAUCUAGUUUCCGCUAUGAGAUGUUAAACCAUCUGUCUGUCCGAAAUCGGGAGUCGACCAUCACCUCCCAAGCAUUUGACAAGUUGAAUGACAAGAUCGAUCGACUCGGGCAGCAACAGGAAGUACUACUGCGCCAAAUUCUUAGAACAACUUCGGUUGACUCGAGCUUGAGCUUGGACAUUGACUCAGGAGGUGACCGAGCUAAGUUGUCGAACCAGGUGUCUCCCGAGAGCGCAAACUGUGAUUGCCCGGAUGACCACCCAGAAGGGGCAACGGAGAGGGUAUUACGCAAGCGGUCUGCGAGACUGAGGCGAAUCCCCGAGGAGUCCAAGGAAGCGAAGAGUGAUAAAGCCAAAUCGGAACGUGUCAGGUUCUCCAGAAACAAUGACGGAGGGACAGUCACUGACAGUGAAUUCCCCCAUCCUUUGGCUGAUGACGUUCCACUUUCACAAAUGGAUGCCACGUCAGAAAAUGAUGUAGAAUCGCCAUCUGAAGAUAUGUCCGACACAGACACCAGAACGAGGCAGUUACCACAUGACAUGUCAAAUGUUGAAGUGCAGGUGACGUUCUCACGUGCACCAAUCGCCACAGAGGAUGAUGAUGAUGACGAUCGUCUUUGAGGUGUUUAAUAAUCAAUAGAUAAAGUCAAAACCGAAACGAAAUAAAUGAUAAAGUGCCUGAAUAUGCCAAAAGAACAGAUGAUAUGCAACUAUGAUUUGUGAUUUAUGAUUUAUAUUUUUUUCUAGAUUAUGAAAUUAAUAAUUUGUUCCAAAUUAAGAAAAUGAUUUCAUUUAUAGCACGGUUGUUAAGGCUGAGUUUCUUCACCCAACGUAUUUUUGUCUGUUAUAGGAAGUUUAGGAGAAUAUGAAGUUUGACAGUUAUGAACGAGGAUAUGAGUGUGCAAGAUAACAAUUCUCUAAACACUCGUCACCCACAGCUGUGAUGAUUCUGUAUGAUACGAAGUUUUGUUGUGAUUAAUAUAUAUGGUUCGUUGUGAACCAGAAAUAAAAGUUGUUGAAUAUUG